AUGGCGGCGUACGGCGUUCACUUCGAACCAACAGACCUCGAAAUCAUCACGUUCCUUCUCAAAAGAAUCACGGGCCUCGCUGGAGACGACGGGCUGAUCAAGACCGACAAUCUGUACGGCCACAGGGAACCGUGCGAGAUUUUCGGGGACGACGAUCGCACAACGCGGCGCUACUUCUACAGCAUGGGAAAGGGCACGUGGACGAACAAAGGGCAGGCCACUCCGAUUCUUUCUGCCGACCGUCGGGUGAUCAUUGGUUACCGGAGAACUUUCCGCUACCAGACAAAAGCGAGUAAUUCGGACAAGAAGGGUUCGUGGCUGAUGACAGAAUAUGUGCUUCCCGAUGCCGCCAUCAAGAACGACGGCAUCAAAGAAGAGUACAAGAAUUUCGCGCUGUGUGUUCUCAAGAAGAAGAAAACCAAGAUUGUUGUUAAGCCACGUGUCGGGAGCGGAUUGGGUGAUUCUGGCGUGGAGUGUUCUUGUUCUUAUUCAUGCGGCGUUGAGGCUCCUAUUGCUGAUUUUGGACAUGUGGGCCCGAAAGAAGUAGAGACAGAUGAGGAUUGGAUACGUGAGCUAGAGGAGAGUAUUAUUAUGGGCAAUCAUCAUGAUGACGUCAUCAAGGGUGAUUUGAGUCCAGGUGGCGCGUUCCCACUGGUUGAUGAUGAUUGGAUCCACGAGCUGGAGGAGAGUAUGAUGGAUCACGAUAAUUGUGAAGAAAAUGGAUUGGUCAGCAAAAUGGAUGGUAUUGGUGAGCCCUUGUGUGAUGAUGAUCCUAGUUUCGAGAAGGAGUUGUUGGACUUGUUCGAUUUUGAUCUUCCUGCAGACGAUAUCGUCCGCUUUUUCUGGCAGGAUCAGUCUUCGACGGCCCCAUUGAUUGCCGGUAGUUAG